UCCUGUGUUAUUUGUGCACUGAUUUUUUUUUUCAAAAGUAUAACCUUGGUCGAUAGGCAAGGCAAUAUGCGUUGAAUAAACUGCCAGACAUUUGAAUCACGCUGACUUAGUUUUUCAUCUGGAAUACCGAGGAGCGUACCAUCUUGUGCGGCGGAAGUACAACACUCGACCACCAACAGCAACAUCUACCAGCCUUACACUGACAGCGAUAUGGAGGAGGAAGAUGCCCCUGCCGAUGGCGAGGUGGAGACCUCAUUUGCUGCGGACUACUAUGCCGCUGAAGCCUUGGCUGCGGACCUAGACCCCUGGAUAGUGUUUGACUCGAGGAAAACCCCCAGAUCCGAGUUUGAUGGCUGGUUGGAGAGCAACAGGCCCUCACAGGUGAAUAGAUUCGGUGAUCUGGAAGGUGGUGUCAGCCCCGUCGGGUGGAUUGCUGUGCUGGGCCCAAACCAUGGCCCCAGCAGUGGGGAUGUCAUAGGUCUUCAGGAGAGCUGGGAGAAACUCCUGGCCAGUGGCCGGCCUGUCACUUUCCAGACAGUGAAGGAGUUGGCCCUUAACCACGGGGUACUCUCGGGCAAGUGGCUGAUGUACUUGGACUCUGGUUUCAAGUUGGACCAUGCAUGGGAGUGUGUGGCCAGAGCAGUCCUGGAUGGCAAGAUCACCUCGGUUAAAGUCAGCCCCUAUGUUCCCAAGGGAGAUAGACGGCACGUAAUUUGUGCCUAUAACCACAACUUUGCUGAUGAGAGCGAGGUUAUAAAACUGGACUCUGUCAUCCGUGCCACAGGGGUCAAAUGCCCUCUAGCCUACAAGCCAGAUGCAUACACUUACCUGGGAAUCUACCGGAACAACCGCUGGAAGCUUUGCCCAACCAUAUACGAGAGUAAAUUUGACCUAGAGUGUGUACCCAGGCGUUCCCACAUCAUCAACAAAGUCACCAAUCUUGAAGUAACAUAAGCCUUUCAGAACAAGAGGAUAGCUCUGCAGGAUGGGCAAGUGAAAAAGGCACUUAGUGAUCCCAUAAGUUGGGCUGUGAAUUAAACCUCAUCUUUAUAACAUUUUGAGUCUGGUUGAGUUUUGAUUUCAAGUUGAUCCUGUUGGCAAAAAAAAAAAGCACAAUUUUAUUUUGGGCUCAUGUAAUCGUGCAUAUUUUUUAAGUGAUCUGAAAUGUCAUUUUUUUGUACAGAAUAUAUAGUAUUUAUAGCACUUAUGCUUACUUGAUGGACAAGUUGGCUGAAGAAAUCUUGUUUGCACUUGAUCAGGGAAAGUCUGUAUCCAAUUAAGCAUAGCUUUUUGACUAAAUACAUUUGUCUGGCUUUAUUUUUCUGCUUUGUACUGAUUCAUGAUUACAGAGUUGCCAAAUAAAAAAUAAAAAAACUAAUCUUGAAUACCAUAUUGAUAUUUAUUGCCAAAUAAGUGUUUAGGAUUUUGAAAGUCACAACCAUUCAUGACAGCAAAAAAAAAUUCUAUUAUAAUCUCCUCAUAAAACUGUAUGAUUUUAUGUGAAAGCAUCUUUUAGCACAGCAUAUAGCAAGCUUGCUUACUUACAAGUCAGAAACAAUUAAACUGCAGCUAUUAUUCAUACAAUAGCUAGAAAAACUGAGGAGAAAUGAAGAAAUUAUAGUGGUAGGCAAUCCAGCAGCUGAGUGCAAUGUACUGUAUGAACCUCUUGUACAGUGCUAUAAGCAUGUACCUGUUAAUGUUGCUUGAUAGUUAUUUACACGUAGAUCUUCAUUUGGUUCUUGACACAUUACUACAUUUUGUUGAGAUGCUCAACAAAAGCACCUGUAUAACAAAGGUGAUGUUACAGUCACCCCUGACAUAUAGAAAACAUGGGGAUAUUUGAUUAAAAGACAUUAUUUGCAUAGACUUGUCUCUGGGUCAGAUUAAAUUCUUUUGAGAAAUAGUUGAUUUGUUUAAAAUAAAAAAAGGCAGCCCUAACACAUUUGACUUGGCACUAAAACUGACCAAACCUACCAAGAUUGCUACAGUGGCAGUGCAAAAACCAUUCUUAAGUUCCAUAAGGAAAACAUUUAAAGAAAUGCUUUUUGCAAUGCUGUUUUUUUAAAAGAAACACUUGUGACAGGAUAAAUAUCCCACCAUCAUGUUGACGCUGUGGCUGAAACAGUUAAUUCUUUAGCAUGGGUUCAAGACUGAUGAAAUCCAAUUAUGUUCAGUCCUGUGUUUUACCAUUUGUCAGAUAGAAUGUAUUAUGAGGCCCGGAUCAACACGCUAACUGAAUACCGUAAAUAGUCUUUGCUGGCAUUUCAGUCCGCGUUC